CGCAAUGGUAAAGUUACGGGAUGGGAGCCUGAAAUGGGAUGAAAUUUGGGCGAUCCUCGUUAGAAGUGGUCAGAAGCAGCUGUGGUGCCUAGAGCCUCGUACUUAGCUGUAGAUCCCGGAGGUCCUUCUGGACUGACAGUGAGUCAUUAUCUGUCGCUUUUGCCCCUUGCUGGGGCAAGAUUCGUUUGUGUCCCCUGACCCCUGUCCUCACUGUGACUCUAUCAGCUCACCGUGGCGUCUGGGAAGCCUCCUGCCCUCGCAUCUGCACCAGAUGAGGAGAGAAGGGGGUUUGGGGAGACCCUGACCCAGAUAGGAUUUGAGCUGAGUGCACUGUGGUGAGCUAGGUCCUCGUUGGCAUUCUUGUCAGCAGCAGCUCUGGAGGAUCAGAAGUUUAUACAUGUCUGUGAUGCAGGGCACACAGCCACGACUCUUCUCCUUAAAGUUCAGCUUUUUUAUCUUUAUAGUGACCCCCUACAUUUCCAGUAUGUCCUCAUAUUUCCGCACUCAUAAUGAGUGUUGACAGAAGUUCUGGAAAUUGAACACAGUGGGUGAUAUGCCUCAGUGGUGGAGCACUUGCCAGACUCCUAGUGAAAUCCUGUGUUCCAUACAGAGCAGUGCAAAUGAAAUGUCUAAUCUAACAUAGGUGACAUGCCUACUGACAGACUACGUGAGAACUAUCUUAGAGUUUAGAAUUCUGACCAAAGUGGAGCAGAUGUUAAAAUAUUAAUCAGGGGAGGGAAAAGUGUACUUGACCAGCACAACUUCCAAGGAUAGGCUGCCUAUUAAACUCAUGCUGAGAAACCCUUGCAUUGGGGCAUUUACAUGGACAUAUAUGUGUGAUAUGGGUAGGAAUGAAAGGGACGGGGGUUAUCUCUGAAUUAAUGGCUAUAGAGCUAGGGCUGAUCAUAGACAUUGUGUAAAUGCUAAAAUGCUCUCUGAGAUAGAUUUCAGCAGGAGCUCUAGUAUAAAGAAGCCCCAAAUACAAGUUGUGCAGGGAUAGUAAAGGUUAGCAUGAAGGGUUUUCUGCUAGAAUUUCUGAUAGAAUUUAAUGAUAGAGAAGUGUGUACUGUUAUCGCUGAUCUGUUCAUGUUACCGGUUUUGGGUUUUUUGUUUUUGCUUUUUUCUUUUCUUUCUUUCUGUUUUUUUUUUAGACUGAGUCUGAUUUUAUAGUUCUGGUUGCCUUUGAACUCUCUUUGUAGUCUAGGCUGACCUGACACACAUAGCAGUUCCCCUACCUCAGCCUUCCAAGUGCUGGGACUACAAGUGUGUGUGAGCACACCCAACCAUAGAAUCAUUUUUGAAGCAAAAUCAGAAAUUAGGAAACAGUCUGGCAUUGGUGUAGGUUAAAUUAUUUGGUGGACACCAUCAGUGAAUUAAAAUGAAAGGGAUUUCCCUGGGACAUAGAAGAUUUUAAGGUGUACUUGAUGAUUUUAUUAUAGAAAAAACUGGAAAUUUGAUGAACUAUGUACCCCCAAAUUUUCAAUUUUUGUUUUUAAAAUUUGAGAUGAUGUCUUACUAUAUUGCCCAGUAUCUUUUGGUAGAUUUUGAACAUUAUGGACUGUUGUUUUGACAAGUAUGUGCCAUUAUGCCAGUUUAAGACUGAGGUUCUUUAUUUCAUCUGAUUUACUAUGGUUUCAAUGUUUUCAUAAAAUUUCUUCAUUUUUAAAAAAAAUUUAAAAAAAUUGAUAUAGUGUCUUGCCAUAUAGUUCAGUCUGGCCUUGAACUCAUUAUGUGGUGCAGGCUGGCCUUGAAGUAAUGGCAAUCCACCUACCUCAGUGUCCCCCAGAGUGCUGGGAUUACAGGGGUUCACCACCACAGCUGGGUAGUGCUUAGGUAAAGUAAAAAUUAUGAGCCGUGGUGGUUCACCCCUUUACUCUUAGGUACAUGGGAGACAACAGUGCACCAAACCUGGACAAUCAAGCAAGAUCCCCUUUCAGUAUGAAAUAUAAAUUGUGUGAUUUACCUCCACCUAACAGUGAGACAUUUAACAUGCCCUGGCCUGGUGAUAAAUAUCUAGUAAUGAACAAUCAAAGAAAACCAAUUCAAAGGAAAUCUUACCUUAAGUUUUUUUUUUUUUUUUUUUUUUUUUUUUUUUUUUUACUCUUUUUGCACACUACUGAUAUAUGGUACAAUACUUGCUCAUAAUAGUGGACAGCAGUAAAGAACCACUUCUCAGCAACAGGACAGCAGUGUUAAACAAGCAGAGAUUUGAAGCACACUGUAUUCAAUAGGUGCAUGAGUGGUUCAGUAUUUUUUAUUUUGGUCUUGUGUUACAUAUAUAUCCCUAAGCCAAGAUCAAGUAAGUGUGUUGAGCAGGUUUAAAGGAUCCAAAGCUUAGCAGUAGUGUUUUUUUUUUGACCAUGCAUAUUCUGUAAAUUUUCAACACAUUUUCUUUUGAACUUCCUCUGGAUUGAUGGUGUUAUUUUGUCUUUCUCAGUCAUGUAACGUUAACUCUUCAAAAAGUCCACUAUAAAACAUAAUAACUUCAGAUUGUUACCUCUUUUGAGAGCUCUAUUAAUCAGGUUGCCCAGAUCAGCUGACUCAGAAGAACAAUAUCAGUAGUGUUUGGAAAAGGGAGCACUAUUCUGGAUUUAAAUUUUUGUUUCUUUGUUUGCUUUGAUUUGGUUUGGUUGUUUUUAUCGUUUUAACAUUAUGGAGAGGUGCCCCAGUCUGAUCAUACUGUCUGUAUUUCAUCAGUAUAAAGGGGUUUGAAGAGUGAGUUUUCAAUGAUCAAACACUCAAACACAGGCCUGAGUACCUGGAACACAUAUCAUCAAGCAUGUGUGUGGCUGAAGAGAAAUCACUUCCAUUCCUAGUUCUAAUUAUGCUGACUUUGGAAAUCCUUCUAUUUGAACCUCAGGUAAACAUGUAUCUUUCUAUUCUAGAUAGUCAACUCUUGUAAUCCCACUUGCAUUUCCAUCACAUUAAAGAGUUGAAGGCAUUUCUGUCCAAUAAUAUUACUUAUCAGUAACAUUUUUGUUUUAUUUUUGCAGUAAUUCAUAUCUCCUUGGAAAAAGAAAUUACUUAGUUCCAUAAGUUCCAGUUGACAGCAAUCCCUAAGCAAUCCCCCUAAGUUCUCUUGAUUGCCCACAUACUGAAGACAGACCUUCCAUGUUGGUAUCCUGGAGAUUCCCAUGGGAAAGGUGUAUGCCACAGCUGAGAUAAAGCACAGAGCUUCAGUGUAAAGCACCUGUCAGUCUGUCUGUACCCCCCUGGGGAGGGGUGCAUCAUACAGCAUGAAGCAGUGGAGCCUGUUCUGAAUUUUCACACUUGUGACAUCUGAAAUAUAGUUCAAAUGGUGAGGAGAAGGAGAAGGUGUGCAAGUACAGACAGAGUACUUUGUGUGGAGUCACUGAGAUUGAGUUUGGAGGUGCAGAGCUAGCAAUUUGGCAGGUCUUAGAAUCUUUGCCCAUUUCCAUACCUUGUCACUGAAGAGCUUGUAUGUCCGGUCCACCUACUAAGUGAAUGAUUUUCCAGCAGUGGAGAUUAUGAACAUGAGGAAAUGUGAAUGUGUUUCAACUUUUUCUUGUAAUUAUGACACAGAGUGUAACAAAUAUUUAGUACCAUCUUGGAGAUGGAGGUCAGGAAUAUUAACAAUAUCAUAUCACAAACAGAAUGGCCCUUAUUAGAAGGAAAUCUUGUCCCUAAAUGUCACUAACAGUAAGCACAGCAUAAUGCUGUGCUUGACAGGCCUGUUGUUGUAGGUGUGUUUUCUUUCCACAUUGAUCCCUUGCUUUUUACUACUACAUUGUACUCUGUGGCUUCAUGUACAUUUUUUACUGUCACUGUAGACCCUAGAUACUGCUGAGCACUAUUCUUGUGCUCUAACAAUGACCUACACUCCAGCCUAGUGUGUAUGUGUGUGUAUAUAUAUAUAUAUAUAUAUAUGUAUAUUUAUAUAUGUAUAUGUAUAUUAGUGUGAUCAAAAGUUCACUUGUCGCCAGCCACCUGCACUCACCAUCGGCCAGAUUCAUUUCAGGUGAGCACUUCCCAGGUAACUCUUGGCACUGGGCAGCCCCAGUCUGUUGUACUCCCCGUUCGCAUGGGUCUGUGCAUUUUCACAUCCUUAGGACAGCCCAGGGAAGUGUUCUUUCUGGGCAAACCUGUGUCCACACUCUUAAAAUCUCUCAUGUUCUUUUGGUUCGGAUAGCCCAAAGCAGAGAUUUUUGGAUUGCCCACACUGAAAGGCCCUCACUUCCCUUAAAGCCUCGUGCUUUCAUGGGCAAAACUGUUACUGACCCCACAUGGGCUCCACUCAUAAAUCUCUCAGUGAUGACUUGGAAUAUAUGAGUUUUUGGAACCUUAGCCGCCAUGUGGUGCCACAAACAAUUGAUGGCUUGUUCUGGACCACGGGUUAUUUCUUGCCUGAAUCAGUGAUUGGAAACGUAUUUUCUAACUCCCAAAAGACACCUUUUCAAUGGCUAAUUUCCAAUUUAUGUACUUUAAAAUUUAAAAGUACCAUGAAAACUAAACAAUUAACUUUUUACUGCCAGGAGGUCUGGCCAACCUACCCACUUAUCGGCAAGCAUUGGCCCAAGGAAGGAACUUUUGACCCCUGCAUUUUCAGAAACUUGUAUUUCUGUCAGGCUGGUGACAAGUUAUUAGAACUUCCUUAUAUUCAGGCCUUCCUUAUUCUGAGAACAUGCCCACCUCUCAUUAAGUCUUGUGCUUCUGCUCAGAUACUUUUAGCUAACUCUACUGCAUCGCAAACUUUUCUGUCCUGCCCUCAGGAUUCGCUUGAGGACGUUCCUCCAGUGUUUUCUCAGCCACUGCCUGCCUACCACCAAACUCAUUCCCUGCCAUUACCUCCGCCAGACUGCUCUCCCCUCUCCCUAUGCCUGAUUCUCUCAGCAGUCCUGGUCCCAAUGUGUCGCAGUUACCUCCCACUGUGCAAUCGUCUCCCUCUCUGCCUUCCGGGACCCAAAACUCUCCCAGCAACUCUAAUCACUCUAUUAGCACUUCCUCAAAGUCUCCGACUCUUUCUCCUGAUAAUUCUCUAUCCCCUACAGCAUUCUCACCACCCACCCACCACACUAGGUCUUGGUUGCUAUGUCCUUCCAGAAGGCCACAUGAUUGUUCAAGAUUGCGCUGGGAACAGUCACCAUGUUACAACCCUCAGCCACGUGGCCAGGCACCACCAUGUUCGCACGGGCCUCACUGUCAUGAGCGCCCCCUUGUGGCUCCUCUUGUAAGCUGCAACAGCUGCCCUGCUGCAGUGCACAUCACGCUUCAUUGUGCUGCCAACAGCAAUCCUCUCACUGCUAGGCACACAGUGAGAUGCCAGCUGCCUGUGUUUCCCAGGGUGACCAGCAGCAGCUCUGUAGCCACUCUACAGAUGAUUGCUCACACAUAUCUACUGGAUGGAUGGCUGCCCAAUGGCCCUCUGCUCUGGAAUCUUCUCCUCAGGCUCCACUACCACUUCGGGAGCAAGCUGGCCCCAAGGGAUGUUAACAUCCAUGUGCCUUUUUCCCUUUCUGAUCUAUCUCAGGUUACCCAUAAAUUAGGUGGCUUCUCUGUUGACCCACAGAAUUAUAUCAGGCAAUUUAAAUUUAUUACUAAUUGUUAUGAUUUACAUUUUAAGGAUGUUUAUGUGAUUCUAAAUACUGCCCUUAGCUCACAGGAAUGAAAUCAGCUGUGGUAAGCAGAUCAAAAAGAAGCUGAUCACAGACAUAAGGUAAACACCGCUGAUAAUGACCCUGGGCCUAUAGCUGUGCCAGAGCAGGACAAGCAUACUAACUAUAACAAACUUUUAAAACAGGUCCAGAAGGCUAAUCAAAACCCAGCUGUGUUCCUAAAUUGGCUUUCUAAUCCUCAUGCCCUGUGAGCAGUUCCAGCUUCACACAAUGUGUGGGGCCAUGCCCGAGCCCCUCCCCCAUGGGCCAUCCCAGCCCCUCCGUCCCCUGUGUGCCAUUGUUGCCACCACCUUACAGGUUUCUGAGGGCAGUCCCAGCCUGCCCCUGCUUGCUACGUCCCGAUGCUCACCCCACCCCCACCCUGGGCAUGCUCUGCUGGCAUGCCGCAAAACAGCAUCUCAGCAGCUCCACUCAGACAUGCUUUUUUUUUUUUUUUUUUUUUUUUUACAAUUUGGCUCUGCCCAAAAGAUGCUAUUUUUUUAUUACAAUUCUCAAACCAUUUAAUCAAGGUUAUUGGCCACCUGAUAAUUUUACCAGCCUUGUUUAUCAAUCAAAGCCUUGACUAAUCUCCUGUCUUAAUGACUAAAAUUAAGAGAUAUUUAUCAAUUCCUUUUCCUGUGGACCACCAGUAAUGUUAUAUGUUAAACUUAUUACCUGUAUUAUACUGUGUUGUUGUCAAUCUCCUGUUUAACAACUAAGGUUAUAAAUUACUUUUUGCUAAAAACCACUAGCUCUAUUUGAAAACAAGGGUUUUCUUCAAAGUUUUAUUUUAUUUGUCUUGGUUCAUAUUACUUCAAAUAACAGAUUUAUAAAGAAGUAAACAUGUUCCAAAUGUGACAGUAUUAGAUUGGUUUUCAUAGAUUUAUUCAUAAGGUUAAUAAACCUUUACUGCAAAAUGUUUCCAUUAAGAUUUUACUCCAAAAGACAAAAGGCAGACUAACGCCUUUUUGGGCAGACUAAAGCAUUUUUUGUUAAUUCCACGUGUCACCCUAUAAAAAAGCGAUAUGCCAUCUAGUUAAAGCCUGCUCUAUGAUCAGAAAUGCCAAUAUUAAACUCCUGCAUACUUACUUAAUUCUACAGAUACCUUUUACUAUAGUCCAAAUCCCAAACAAAAAGGCAAAAUUUGACCUUCAAACCUUAUAGAGAUCUUAAUAUGGUUUUUAUGUUUUCAACAACAGAGAUAACAAUAACACUUGUGACACUUGGAGUUCUGAGAAAGUUAAACCUCUCCAAGGCAGAGCUGCCUGCCCCCCCAUGGACCAUGCUCAAAUGCAGCAGAAGACAUUGCGCAACAAAAUGCCCCAUCCUGGCAUUCUUUGAGACCUUACUCCAGGGCUGCUGGAGUGUCCUAGCCACCAGAGAGUGGUCUAACAUACGUGCAUUCACCACUGAAGUUGUCCUGGCUAAAACACCUGGCACCAGCUUCUACCUGGGCAUCAACCUUCAUCCCGUUGACUCCCCUAAGCUCCAGUACAGCGCCCUCUGCCAGCAGGAAGUAGUUAAAGAGGGAAAUCUUUGCUCCUUUUCAUAAUAAUAAUCAUAAGACGGGAUAUGAAAGGGUUUUGGCCCAGACAGGACACUGUAGCCAGGAAAGCCUCAAGCAGAAGCAGGAAUCCCCUAUCUCCCCCACCUAGGAAUUUACCUGUGACGCCAUCUUCCCACCUCUGGGAAUUUACCUAUGGCGCAAAACAUAGGACCAAUGGGCUACCUGUGCAUCCCUAAUGCCCGCCUUAGGUUCCACCCCAAACCGAGGCUACUUACAUACCCCCACGCCACAGAGAUCGCCAGACUCCAGUGGUGGGGGGUGCCGGUCAUCUUUCUCCAUGUUCUGCAGAAUAAAGGCCUCUUUUUGUUUUGUA